UGGAGUCAUAUGCGUCCGGCGGCAUGCUAUCCAUGCUUAGAUACUUUAAAUGAAAUAGCUCGCAUUUUGAAAGGCUUGGACUACGUGUGUUCACAUGAUGAUGAGGUUAAAAUGAGGGAGUAAGCGCAAACACUGAGAAAACAGCAUUCACACUGUGGACAAGAUGAGCACAGAAGAGGACGCCCCUGCAGACCGUGGCUUCCUGGUCGCGAUUAUAUUCUUCAUCCUGGGGCUGGGAACACUGUUGCCAUGGAACUUUUUCAUGACCGCCUCUAUGUAUUUCAAUAACAGAUUGAACACAUCUGAAUGGAAGAACGGGACAGUAACAGACAGGAAGGAGUAUUAUUUUAAUAACUGGAUGACUCUGCUAUCCCAGCUGCCUUUGCUUCUGUUCACUUGGCUGAACUCUGUCCUCUACCAGCGAAUCUCAGAGAAGAUAAGGAUAGCAGGCAGUUUAGUCUUCAUCCUCAUCCUCUUCAUCCUCACUGCUGUCCUGGUGAAGGUUCCUAUGGAGGAGGACAGGUUCUUCUCCAUCACCAUGGCAACCAUAUGGUUCAUCAACUCGUUCGGGGCCAUGCUGCAGGGAAGUUUGUUUGGUCUGGUGGGUUUGUUGCCACAGAAGUACAGCGCUGUGUUUAUGAGCGGACAGGGGCUCGCAGGCACAUUCGCUGCUCUCGCAAUGAUUUUCGCCAUAGCAAGUGAAGCUGAUAGUGAAACUGCAGCUCUUGGGUAUUUCAUCACUCCGUGUGUUGGGACUCUCAUCACCCUCAUCAGUUACAUGCUGUUACCCAAACUUGAGUUUGCUCAGUUUUACUUGGACAGGUGUAAACGCAAAACUUAUCGGCCCGAGACGUCCAGACAGUUGCUGUCUACAGAAGUGGCGGAGAGUUCUGUGACGGCGGGCGGACCUUGUCACGGCUCGGUGUCUAACGGAGACGUUAGCUGUGCGACUGAGGAGGAGAGCGGCAAACAGGCUUUCCUGGAGCUGCUGACGGAGAACACAUCCGCACAGAAGAGCUCCAUCCUCCAAGUCUUUAAAAAGAUUUGGGUUAUGGCGUUCUGUGUGACAUUUGUAUUCACAGUAACGCUUUCAGUUUUCCCGGCGGUCACGGUGGACGUAAAGACCAUUUAUGGAGGAAAAUGGGAAAAAUACUUCAUCCCUGUUUGUUGUUUUCUCAUCUUUAACACGAUGGAUUGGAUUGGCAGAACGGUCACAACAUGGCUUCAGUGGCCUGGUAAAGACAGCCGCUUGUUCCCGGCUCUGGUUGUGUCUCGAUUCAUCUUCAUUCCUCUGCUGAUGAUGUGUAACGUUCAGGAGAGAAGCAUUCUGCCUGUGCUCUUCUCAAAUGAUCUGAUGUUUGCUGUUUUAAUGCUGCUGUUCUCUGUGUCCAGCGGAUACUGUGUGUGUCUGUCCAUGACCUACGCACCACAACUGGUGGAUCCUAAAGACGGCGAGACGGCCGGCGCCUUAAUGACGUUCUUUCUCGCAUUGGGUUUGUCCCUAGGAGCGGCGUUCUCAUUUCCUCUGCGUUUCCUGGUGUGACGGAAAACACACGAUCACACUUGCUACUAAAUAUUCGAGCCAGUCUUAGCGAUGUCUGUAGUGAUGCCCGUGCGAAUCUGUUCUCGUGUCGUUCAUUAUGUUUAUUUGGCAGCUUAAAACAAUCAGCACAACAUCAGUGUGUUCUGUCGAAGGGACCGAGAAAAGACCAACACAAACACUGCUGACAUUUCAAGGGCAUUAUAGUGAAAGGGACCGCUCACAAAUGCAUUAAUCUCAUUACGAACUCAAACGAUUAAUCGCGAUUAAUCGCAUCCAGAAUAAAAGUUUGUGUUUACAUAAUAUAUGUCUAUGUACUGUGCAUAUUAAUUGUGUAUUUAUAAAUACAAACACAUACACAUGAAUACAUAUUUAGGAAAUAUUUACAUGUAUUUAUUUAUAUUUACUAAUAAUUGAAAUGAUAUAUAAAUGUUUUGAUUUUCCUUAAAUAUAUGCAUGUAUGUGUAUGUGUUAAUAACUACAAAAUUAUUAUGCACAGUACACAGAUAUAUAUUAUGUAAACACAAACUUUUAUUCUGGAUGCGAUUAAUCGCGAUUAAUCGUUUGCCAGCCCUAAUUCUUAUGUAUAACACAUUAUAAUUACAUGUUCAGUGCGUUUCACACUUAUUGUACUUAAACAUACGAGGUCGAGAGUUGUAUGUAGAAGCGCAGCUGUAGGUUUGAAGCUCUACUUGUAUUCAGGACAAUGGAGUGAUUGCAAGUGUCAUAUAGCCAGUAGAAAGACUGGAGCUAACUGCUGUAUAAUUAUAACUUUACUUUGGUUUUCUAAUAUGAGGGAAGGUUUUCUAGCGUGAUGGCAUUUAGUGCCUUAGAUUUGAAUGUUAGUGGCAUUUAUAAUAUUUAUUAUAUACUUUAUCUUGGCAUUUUUGCAAAUAUGUACAUGUGUACAAAGCAGAAAGGGAUUUUCAUAAGCAUCUAUGGCCAGGUGCCAUUAAUGGUUGAUUUAAUAGAGGUUGGAUGGAAUGGCGCAGUCACAUUAGACUUUUCCAUUGACUUCCAUUUAUACACAUGCAAAUGCAGUAGACUGGAAAGGCAAGGGCCUGCAAAAAAAUGGUCAUUUCAUUGUCUUGCAAAGGUCAAGUUUGGUGAAUCUGUGUCACGUGAUGACGAUUGGCCAGUAGAAGAUCGAUACGCCACGUGACCUUUUCAGUUGGAUCAAAUUCUCAUCAUAAUAAUAAUAAUAUCACAAAAUACCGUUUAAAUUGACAAAAACAACUGCAGAUACAUAAGUUUACAGGAUGUGUUAAUAAAAACCCAACGGUUUAUCAACGGUUUUCGUGUUACUGCCAGGGCUCUAGAAAUUGCGCAUAUUGAAAGUCUAGCGUGACUGGGCCAUAAGUGAUCAGUUGUCGUUGGGGAAAAUCAGUCGACAGUAUUCCACGUUCGAACUUUCAAUACCGUUAUAAAUCACAUCAGAAAGGCUUUUGGAGGCCAGGAACAUGCACCUUGUGCAAGUACGUGAACGCAGACGCGAGUAAUGUGUGACUCACUGCAUAUUAGCAUUCGUUUAUGAAUACUCUACAUAUUGCUAUGUUAUGACAUGCAAACAUGAAAUUGCAUAAAGGUGCGUCUGCGUUUACGUUCUUGCAUAGAGUAUGCCUGUGUGCACUCAUUCAAUCCCAUAAUGCGUCUCAAUAAAUGGACAACCGUGAAAAAACCCCAAAUCAAAAUAAGGUUAAACCAAAUUAAUUCAUGCAUCUUGGUAGAGGAUGGCAGCCGCAAACAGUGACAAUUCAGUUUUUGCCCUCUUUCAAGUGGACUUUAUUAGUGAAGUAACAUAAGGAAUGAUGAACGAUCUUGUAGGGCAUGAUUUCAGAAACGGCACGCGUUUGGCAAUUUGUCACAGAAUGCUUUUUUUUGCAUUUUAAAAGUGUAACUGCGGCACUUUGAAACCGUUUUAAAAAUUGCAGCGCAGAACUUUGGACAUAGUGGAACGUUGUGUGAAUCAACUCCGAAGUACUGUACCUCCAUGUCAACUUUUGUUUAAAAGUGUGUAAAAAGGGAACGUUUCAUUCUGCUCUGUAAUGUGAAAGACAACUGUAUGGAGUUUAAAUGGACCCAAAACUCACGCGCAUGGAAUCCACGCGCGCACGCGCUAUGCAAACGCGCAUAAUGAUAACC